AGAUAUAUUACAUGAUGCAGUCAGUAGUAAAUGCGGCGGUUCCAGACAAUCUCCUACAACUACGACCGGUCGAUGACAUUAACGCCGGAAGAGAACAGAUUGCGAACAUGGUAGAUGUGAUCGGGGGAGGAAUUAACUUGACAGCUUCAAGCAUCAGCGACGACGAGAGGGCUUGGUUGUAUGCCCAGAUGCAAAAGAAACUAGCAUAUCAAACAGGAAUAAAAAGAGAAAGGGGGAAAAGCGCUGCCGCUAUGGCAAUUCAGCUCGCUCAGAAAAAUCAAGAUGAGCUGAGACUUUGCAAAACAUGCAGCAACGAAAAUAGCACCAAAACGGAACAAUUAGUGCUGAAAAACAGUGCUGAAAAUAUAGCAAACAGUACGACUUCAACCAAAACAUCAGCCUUCCAAUUGACAGGGCUAUAUGAAGCAAUUGCCAACAGCAGUGUUGGCAGAAAGAAAAGGGAGGUAGAACAAAUUGCUGGAGAAGAUGUUUCAGUGUCUGCAUUUGAAUUCACAGAAAAUGUUUAUAUGUAUGAUACGGACGGAACUUCGAGUUAUGUUACAUCGAAUGUGCUACGUAUCGACGUAAAAACACCAACGGCGCGUGUAACUCCCGGUUAUAUGGUAUUCGAGCAAACCGUUGUUACACCGGAUGCAGUAACUAUAUCUCCGAAGGAAUUCGUUGAUGUCGACGAUGUUUCUGAGUUUGCGUAUCAUCGAUUCAUAUACGGAAAGGCAAGUGACAGCGUUUGCUUGAUCAUUGAGCCAAUAGGGAAUGUCACCUUUGAAUCAUACGACGUAUAUCUAGGCCUUAAUGGACCUCCGUCAAUAGAAGAGUAUCAUUUGAAAUUCACUGUGGGUGUAGAUAACAUUUGGCAGAGGUGUAUUGAACCGAGGGAUAUGUCGGGACGCACAGGGUUGGUUUACUACGCUAUGAAUGUACCUGGAUCAGUGAAAGAUGUUGACUAUAAUCUCACAUUGAUAACUGUCGGAUGUCUAACCUGGAACGAAAUGCACACAAAAUGGGAAACGGACAAAUGUGAGAUGGAAUGGAAACCGCUCGAUGACAAAAUUGUUUGUGUUUGCCAAGAGGUUACAGAUCUGGUCUUUGCAAAUUCCUUUUUCAUUGCACCAAAUACAAUAGACUUUGCGACAGUAUUCCUCAAGUUUUCUCCAUUGAGCCAAGCUGCAGUUCUCGGUGCCUUAACAAGUUUGUUGUUUAUAUACAUCUUGGCAGUAUUGUUCUUGAUCGGAUUGGAUAGGCGGGACCAGCUGAAGUGGGGUGUAACACCAUUAAGAGACAACUUAGUAGGAGAUAGCAGCUAUUAUCUGAUAAAGGUUAUGACGGGAUUGCGGCGGGGAGCAGGGACCACCUCCAGAAUUGCGUUUGUAUUGACAGGGGCCGAGGGCGAUACCGGCCCUCGAGAAAUGUUCGAUGGAGUUAGAAAGGAGUUUAGCACUGGAAGUGUUAUGUCUUUCUUCAUGGCGACAAAGCGACCUCUAGGAACACUAGAGCAUCUGUACAUUUGGCAUGAUAACCAGGGUGAUGGGGACCAAGCGUCGUGGUACCUCAACCAAGUUGUUGUUUUUGACAUUGAAAAAAGGACAACGUACACAUUUGUAGCAGAAAAGUGGCUGUCAGUCGAAACAGAGGUGGAUGCGAAUAUUCCUGUUACUGUGCCUGGUAAACCACUGCAGUUUGAAAGCAGAUUUUUCUACCAGACACGCGAUCGGCUAUCAGAGAGUCAUAUGUGGGUAUCGAUCCUCUACCGACCUCAAACGAGCACGUUCACAAGGGUACAACGAGCAUCUUGCGCUCUUGUAUACAUUUGUCUGACCAUGAUUGCUAACGCAAUGUAUUUUAACCCGGACGAAGAGUACGAAAGUCCAUCACUCAUUCAAGUUGGACCAUUUAGAUUCACUCCACAACAGAUUUUCAUCUCAAUAGUGUGUGCCCUGUUAACAACUCCUCCUGUUAUGCUUCUCAUAUUUCUGUUCAAACGAACUAAGCGAAGACCUUCAGGAGCUGGUAUAUGUUGCAAUUGUUGCUGCAGGGGAUCUUGCUGUCGAUCUUGCAAUGUAUUUUGCUGGAGAUUGUUUAGAACACCAGAGAAAACUAGACAAAAGCAGUUUGAGCAAAUAUUGAAAUCGAAAAUGCUGUCGAAUGAUGUGCCAGAGUUCACUGGAUUUUACCUCCCCUGGUGGUGCAUCUACUUUGCAUGGACCUUGUUUAUAGCUGGGACAGUUGUCCCAGCAUUCUUUGUAUUGCUGUAUAGCAUGCAAUGGGGGAAACAGAAGUCAGAGGAAUGGCUAACAUGUUUUCUGAUGUCAAUGUUUGAAUCAAUGCUGCUCGUGGAUCCAUUCAUGGUUUUGUUGAUUGCACUGGUGCUUGCCUGUAUCGUUAGAACAUCGAGGAAUGAUACAAAUGUGGACGUUGGUGUAAUAAUUGAUAAUUACCGGAAGUCAUUAGGCGAAACAGAAGAUAGCGUUACAUCAAGCAUCAAACUACUGAAGCGUAUAAGUGAAGAUUACUUAUCCUAUAAAUCAAUGCCUAGAAAUAUCUCGCCGCCAUUAAAGGGGGAUAAUCUUGAACAAGCUGCAAGUUCCUGGAAAAACGAGCAGGGGUUAAUAGCCGUUUUCAAGGACAUAAUUCUCAAUCUGUUUCUGGUCUUCAUCAUCUGCUCUAUUGCAUUCAGCAAUCGGGACAAUAGGUCUUACAGCCUUCACGAAGAUAUUAUCAAUCAAUUCGUAACGCCUUGGGGAAAGCCACACUUCCAAACAAUAAAGACACAAGGAGAUAUGUACAAUUGGCUGAACGUAUCUGUUAUACCAAACCUAUUUCCGGAGUUCGAUAUAAACGGCAGUCCAUUGCCUUGGUACGAGAAGAAAUUCAUUGCCAGAUACAAUACAAUGCGGCUUGGGCCUCCUAGAUUGCGACAGCUACGGGCAAAUAACGGCACAUCGUGCACUAUACCAUACAUUGGAAACGUAAGUUGCUAUGAUGAGUACAGCAUUUUUAGCGAGGAAGAGGGAGACUAUUGUAUUCUGUGGGAUAGUAUGCCUUGUAACACCAUCGAGAACCUGUUUAACGUUUCUAUUGAUGCUUGGAGCUUCACGUCAGCCGUUGACAUCUGGGGAUUGCCUCUGUCUGGAUUUUACACGACGUACGGUGGAGGAGGAUAUAUUGCACAAUUUGAUGUCGGUCGAAACGUUUCCAUCAAAAUUGUGAACGAACUGUUUCGUGCGUUAUGGGUCGAUCGGCAAACGCGGGCAGUUUUCUUCGAAUUCACGCUAUACAGUCCUGCUACAAAUAUGUUUAUUUACAACGUAUUUCUCAUAGAGUUUCCACAAACAGGGGGAGCGUUUACAACCUACUGGGUGUAUCCAAUACGAGUUUACUCGCAUGUUGGUGCGAUUGGAACGUUUACCUUAAUUUGUGAAGUGAUUUUUGUCAUAUAUUUGGUCAUCAUGCUCGUUAAAUUGAGCGUACGCCUUUAUCAGAAACGAAUGGGAUUCUUUUCAGAAUUCUGGAAAGUUUAUGAACUGGUCAUGUUUUCCCUAGGGGUAACAUCAAUUGUAAUAUACGCUAUUCGUCUCGGUUUUACCUACAUGACAAUUAACAAAUAUAAAGAAGACAUCAAACAGUUCGUGAACUUCAGCCACAUUGUGUUUUGGGAUCAAAUUCUUGUGGCCUGUUUGAGUAUUCUUGUUUUCAUGGCAACAUUCAGAAUACUGGAGGUGUUUGCUACUUCAAAGAAAGUCAGUGCUUUGGUUAAGGUUUUUCAACAGUGUGGAAAGGACUUGUUUUGGUAUGGAAUGGCAUUUCUCCAUAUGUUUCUUGGGUUUUGUUUCCUUGGGUUUCUAUUGUUUGGAUCCCAUCUUAUGUCGUACAUGACCAUCUUUAAGUGCUUAGGGACGCUGUUUAUUGCAAUGAUAGGGAAAAGCAAAUUUACUGAAAUCAACGAAACGCAGCCAUUGUUGGCUAAGAUUUACUUCAUCGUGUACAUUUUCAUAAUAGUUUUCUUUGUGUUAUCUAUAUUUCUGUCGAUACUUGGUGCAAGCAUUGAUAAUGCUGUACAGGAGACAAAGAAAACAAAGCAGGAAGAUUUAGUUGAACUACUGAUCCGCAAAGUGAAAACCUCGUUUAUAAAGCCUGAUGCAAGAACAAAUCUGAAGAAGACCUCGUCGCAAUUAUCCAGCUAUAAAAUUAAGAAAAUGUGGCGAAGGACGCCUCCACCGUUCCAAAUAAUCCGUAUGGACGACAUGCAGAUCACGGCUCCGGUGAAAUAUUCCUUACCACAGAAGAACUCUGCUGAAAGCAUCAUCAGCGGGAUAACAUUCCGUAAAAAAUCGGAAAAAAGGCGAAUACCACGACACUUUUCUUCCGAAUGA